AUGCAAGAACUACGCCACAGAAUGCAAGACUUAGAGCGCAGACUAGCAGAAAGAGAGCGCGACCAACGCUCCCUAGAGCGGAGCCCCACCCGCUCCCGUUCAAGAAGCCGUUCGAGGUGCACGCCAAGCCCCCAAUGCGAGUCGGUGAGCACCGAGGAACGGAUACGCCCCAGAAGAAGAAGUCGCGACCCCAUUAUCUACGCUCGACACGAAAGGCGGCGUGCGUCGAACAGAGGCAACGAGGAACCCUACCGCGAGAACAAUGAGUUGAGAAGAACUGCCCGAGGACCUGUCAUAAUAGGAGCGACCCCUUUCCACCGCUCUCCCGCCUACAACCAAUCCCGGCACUUCGAAGCCAGAGAAAGACCAAAGGAACACGCCAAGGACGGCGGUCCGAGCAAACCAUCCAAACCGUUCCCCCGAAUCGGAAGGUUCACCAACUACACCCCCCUUACGGCAUCGAUCACUGAAGUCUACCAACAGAUAGCAGAAAAGGGGAUACUGUCGAAGCCCCGACCACUGAAGGACAGGACAGGAGGGAACAAGAACCUUUACUGCGAGUACCACAAGGGUUACGGGCACAAGACCCAAGACUGCUUUGACCUAAAGGACGCCCUCGAGCAAGCUAUCAGGGACGGCAAACUCGCCGAUUUCUCCCACCUUAUAAGGGAACCAAGGAGACGCAACCGGGACAACGACAACGAGGACAGAUCCCGACCAACAAGACGACGACAGGAGCCAGAGGGUGACGACCACGGUCUCACGGUGGUAAAUGUGGUGACGGCCAGGAAUACCGCCCCGAGGUCGAAAUCGGCGCAGAAGAAAGAUGCCAAGGUCUUGGCGAUCUCCGCUCUACCUGGUAGAGUGGAAGUUUACGUAGAUGACAUACUCGCCAAAACCGCCCGACCUGACGAUCUCCUGAGUGACCUUAACGAUGUUUUCUCGUCCCUACGACAACACGGCAUGAGGCUUAAUCCGCUCAAAUGCGCGUUCGCCAUGGAGGCCGGAAAGUUCCUAGGCUUCAUGAUCACUCAAAGAGGAGUGGAAGCCAAUCCCGAAAAAUGCCAAGCUGUCCUUCAAAUGAAGAGUCCGGGUUGCAUCAAAGACGUCCAAAGACUCGCUGGGAGAUUGACAGCUUUGUCCCGUUUCCUCGGCGCAUCGGCGGCAAAGGCCAUACCUUUCUUCAACUUAAUAAGAAAGGGAAUGACGUUCGAAUGGACACCAGCGUGCGAAGAAGCAUUCAACCACUUCAAGCAAAUCUUAGCGGCACCACCAGUCCUCGGGAAACCCAGAGCCGGAGAACCACUCUACCUCUAUCUAUCAGUAACCGAGGAAGCGCUUGCCGCGGUCCUCGUUACAGAAGAAGCGAGGACACAACAGCCCGUCUACUUCGUGAGCAGGGCACUCCAGGGACCAGAGCUGAGGUACAGCAAACUGGAAAGACUGGCGCUGGCGCUCCUAGUAUCCUCCCGAAGGUUAAGACAAUACUUCCAGAGUCACCGUAUAGUUGUGAGGACAGAUCAGGCGAUUCGGCAAAUACUGCAAAAACCUGAUUUGGCUGGAAGGAUGAUGACCUGGGCCAUCGAGCUCUCACAAUAUGAACUACAGUAUGAGCCCCGACAUGCAAUCAAGGCACAGGCAAUGGCUGACUUCUUGGUGGAGGUAACGGGCGAUCCCCCCGAGAAAACGGGGUAUGGUGAAGGAGCCAACGGUCGCCCUCCACCUGACGGGGGCGAGCCCCUCAUGGCUGGAUCCCAUCACCACCUUCCUAGAACUCGGCAAGUUACCCGAAGAUGA